GUUCCCGAGCGCUCGCUCACCGGUUGGCGGCGGGUGGCGCUGACGCUGGGUGGAUAUUUUAGCCCGGAGAGCCGACGCGUGCGCGGCGGCGAGCGGCUGUACGAAGAGGUGACGCGGGCGACGGCGAUCGAUGCGCUGUACGACGCGCACGCGGUGGAAAAGACGUUCGCGAGUCGACACGCGAUGAUGUGCCUGCACGUGUGGAUGUGCUUGGGGCGGUUGCGAAAAGAGGGAGAGGGGGGGAAGGCGUUUAGUCAGACGUUUUACGACGCGUUUCAAGACGACGUGGAGCGACGCGUGCACGAUGAGGGCGUGCGCGUGCGCGUGCGAAAGUGGUUACAGGAUUUAGAGAGGACAUUUUAUGGGAAUGCGGUGUCGUACGAUAAAGCGCUCGAGCUCGGGGGUGGAGAACUCGUGAAGGCUUUGCAUAGAAACGUGUACGACGGCGACGGCGACGUCGACCGCGCCAAGGGGUUGGAGCGGUACGUUCGACAUCAGCUCGCGUCGUUGGCGCUGACGCCCACGGAGGCGUUAUUCGACGGGCGCGUUAGAUUC